AUGUCUUCAUCCAACACGGAUCACCAUCCCGAAGAGAUUGAGAUUAUUCAGCAUCAUCCCAUUAUUCCUCAACAAAACCAACAACCACCAUACCAUCAUGAUCCAAUUCAUCAUCAUCAUCAUGAACUAUCAUCGGAACAUGAACAUUCAAUGAACCACGAAGAUGAAGAAGAUGAGUCUCAUCGUUAUUAUGGUGGAGGAAUGAUGAUGGGAAUUCGCUUGAAUAACCGAUCCUCAGAACUUGAAAAGAAACCCUUUUUAAUGAUGAAUAUCGAAUCUUCCAUGCCCUCCGAUCAGACCAUCAUAUCGCCGUUGGCUACAAUUGCUCCCAAGGUUACACAAUUAUCUGCUGAUUCUCAAAAUUUCUUUGAUAAAUUGGAAGAUAAGAGAGUGAGCAUGUCUCCACUCGAUUCACUCUAUGACUCAAAAUUUGGAUUUAUUAUCUUGAAUGGUGCAAAAUAUUGCAUGAGAAUAUUUGGUCUCUUUAUGGUGAUGGUUGCGGUAGUGCUCUUGUCUUUAAACUUUUAUUUUUACUUUACAGUGACGUUGCCAAUGAUGAACACGAAAAUGUGGACUUAUACUUUUCAUUUACUUCUUGGAUUGUACUUUGUAUUGUCAAUUUCAUUUAAUUACAUUCAAUGCGUUCGAGUGAGUCCAGGUGUGACUCCAAAAGAUUGGGUCGAUUCUCUCGAUAAUGUGGAAGCCUUUAGAAAUGAUACAAAAUCAGUGCCAGGAAAAAAUUGGAGCAAGUGGUGUGGACGAUGUCAGCAACCAAAACCCAUUCGAGCACAUCAUUGUCAUAUUUGUGAUGUUUGUGUUUUGAGAAUGGAUCAUCAUUGUCCAUGGUUAAAUAAUUGCGUUGGCCUUCAAAAUCACAAAUACUUUGUUGGUUUUAUUGGAUUCUUGGCUUUUGCUGCAUUGUAUAAUUUUGGCAUGAUUUCACUUGGAGUGUUUGGUUUCUAUACACCUGAUCCCAUCUUGUACGCCACAUGGAGCGGAUGGUUGACAUUUGUGAUGGUUCUUUCAGGUUCUCUUGGUCUCACAAUGACCACUUUCACAGGAUGGCACGUGUAUCUGGUGCUGACCAAUCAAACCACCAUUGAAUUCCAAUUUAACAAGAUGAAGUCUGUGAGAAGUAAGGUUUCAGGAUCUGAAAAUCCUUACAAUAUUGGAAUUAAGAACAACAUUCAACAGGUGUAUGGAUUAGCUGCCCCUGAGGAUUCCAUUUUCAGCUGGAUCAAACUGUUGUUGUUGCCCAAUCUUCAAAAGUCUCCUGUGGAUGGAGUCAAUUAUCCUACUAACCAGCCAAAAGGAGGCGAAAAUGUUUAG